AUGGUUUUCCCAGAUGAUUAUGCACUUCACAUCCACAUCAUCGUGCAACCGCCACCGCUCACUGGUAAGAGUCUCCCAAUGUUGGUAUCCUCCAUCCCAAUGAAACGACUUAGUGAAUAUCAAACUUCUAACCGUAAACCUGUUGGAAUGGUUCUUCAUAAAGCGCAAAUUAUCCUUAAAUUGCCAGACUAUGUCGAUACAACUAUAUACUCAUCAGAACCAUAUUCCAAGUACAUGAGAGUUAAAGGGAAUGAAAUUGUUCUGAGUGAACAUAUGUUAAAUUCGCGUAAUGAUCUAAUAUAUAAUAAUAAUGGCGACCCUGUUAUAGAGAAAUCAAACAAUAUCACAAUAAAUUAUGUGUUAAUCGAAUAG